AUAGGGAGAAGGGAGCAGCUGGUGCUGCCGCGGCGGCCUCCCCGCCGGUCGCCGCCCCUCAGAUUUGGCUCCUCCUGAGGCGCAGCGGCCGCCGCCAUGUUUUGCUACUCUGAGGGGCUGCUGGUGGCCUUCUCGACGGUGUUGCUGGCGGCGCUGGUGAUGAGCCGGAGCGCCGCGCUGGCCUGCGCUCUGUCGGGCGGCUUCUACCUGGCGCUGCGCCUCUUCAGCCUGGAGCCCGUCGCCCCGCAGCGCGCCCAGCAGGUGGUGCAGCCCCGCGGGAACCCCGCCCGCAUCGCCCACCGCGGUGGCGGCUACGACGCGCCCGAGAACACGCUGGCCGCCAUCCGGCAGGCAGCUGAGAAUGGAGCCACAGGAGUGGAACUGGACCUUGAAUUCACAGCAGAUGGGGUUCCUAUCCUGAUGCACGAUGAAACGGUGGACAGGACCACCGAUGGCUCUGGAAGUUUAAAUAAAUUGACGUUUGCCGAAAUUCGACAGUUUAAUCCAGCUGCUAAACAUAGAUUAUGGAGGGAUUAUCGUGGGGAAAGAAUACCAACCCUAAAAGAAGCAGUUUUGGAAAGUUUGCAUCACGACCUCAUCAUCUACUUUGAUGUCAAGGGACAUGCCAAUAAGGCGGUUAGAGUCCUGUCAGAGCUCUACCUAGAAUAUCCACAGCUGUACAACACCAGUGUGGUUUGCUCAUUUAUGCCAGAUAUUGUCUAUAAGAUGAAACAAGCUGACCGCAAUGUCAUAACAGCUCUGACCCACCGACCUUGGAGCAUCAGUCACUAUGGGGAUGGGAAGCCCCGCUUUUCUGUUUAUUGGAAACACUAUUUGUCUAUGACCCUCGACGUUAUCAUGGACUGGAGCAUGCACAACUUCCUGUGGCAUUUCUGUGGCGUUUCUGUUUUCCUGAUGCAGAAAAAUUACGUUUCACAGGAGUACAUAAAUCGUUGGUCCUCUAAAGGGGUUCACGUUGUUGUUUGGACCGUCAACACGCUUGCCGAAAAAAUGUAUUAUGAAAAUGUUCUUCAGACCAGCUACAUGACCGACAGUUUACUAGAGGAUUGCGACCCUCACUACUAGCUUGAUCUUCAACCCGCCGAUUGGCUUCCUUAGUCAGACUGGAGUUCAGUGGGACUUUUAUGAUUUUAUUUCGUUUUCCUCAAGGAGAGGAAAACGAUUACUUUUCAGGUUGCACCAAGCUACUUCCUUUUUUUGCUGGGAGAUUUCUCAUGACUAGCACUUUUCCUCCAAGAACGAAUCGGCAUCUUUUUAGUCAAAUAGAUACGUGCAGCUUAAACAAGGAAAAAAACCCGAUAUACUACAAGGUAGGCAGAAUUAAGAGGGUUGGGAAAUGGAACUUUUUGGAAAACUCAUGAAUGCUCCAUUUUUUCCCCUGGACCUUCCCUGGCCUCUGCUGCGCUUGCAGUGGUUGGGCAGUUUUCCAGAAGUAAAUCCGAAAUAGUUUCGAGGCGUUCUGGAGAGGUCUCCUUGCGCCCCCAAACAGCUCUGUUUUAUCCAGAACAUCAGUUCAGAAAAAUAGCCAAUUACCCCAGUCAAUGUUUGGAUGUUUUUUUCCCCAAUGUUCUAUUCCUAAAUCUGAGUUUUUCACAUUCCUGGUGCAAGGCAUAUCGUAAUGGCUGAUUUAUACAUGAUCAAAACAGAACUACCAACUACACUGGAAAAAAACCUCUUGCCGUGUAGUCUUCACAUGAAUUGAAAGAUUGGACUGGA